AUGAAACCAUCUAAACAAUACACUAUAGUGGUAAAGAUUGGCUCAUCGUCUUUGGUUGAUCCACUGACGCGCGAGCCAAGGAUCGCUAAUAUGGCCCACAUAGUAGAAACAAUGACAAAGUUACGCCGAGAGGGUCAUAAGAUAAUUAUAGUAUCAUCAGGUGCCAUAGCCUUUGGAAUGAGGGUAAUGAAGCUACAUAAGAAACCUUCUAAACUAUCGGCAAUUCAAGCUUUAGCAUCGAUUGGACAGGGCCGUCUUAUUGGGCUCUUUAACGACUUGUUCAGACAAAUGAAUCAAACUAUAGCACAAAUCUUAAUCACUAGAAAUGACAUUAUUGACUAUACCCAGUAUAAAAACGCACAGAACACCCUAAAUGAAUUGUUGGAUUUGGGAGUUAUCCCCAUAGUCAAUGAGAACGAUACACUAUCUGUCUCUGAGAUUAAAUUUGGUGAUAAUGACACAUUAUCGGCAAUUACCGCGGGAAUGAUCCAUGCUGACUAUUUGUUUUUGAUGACAGACGUGGAAUGCUUAUAUACGGAUAAUCCCAAACUAAACCCACAGGCCAAACCAAUAUUGGUUGUGGAUAAUGUCGAUGAUUUGAAUGUUGACACCACUACCAGUAGCGGUAAUGCAGCAGCAGGAGGAGGGGCGGGCUCUAGUGUAGGUACAGGUGGAAUGACUACAAAAUUGAUAGCAGCCGGCUUAGCAACAAAUGUUGGUGUAACAACUAUUAUAACUUUGUCAAGUCAGCCACAUUACAUUCUCGAUAUUGUGGCUCAUAUUCAAUCGCAGCCAGAAGAGUUGGAUGUUGAGCAACAGCAAGCAAUAUUACAAAAGGAUAUAGAGAAGAAACUCAUUCCAUUGCAUACACGCUUUCUAAGCUUAUCAUCAGACUCGAAAAUAAGGUCUGAUAAAAGGUUCUGGAUACUACACGGGUUGAAAACCAAGGGUGCGUUGAUAAUAGAUGAGGGUUGUCAUACUGCAUUAACGCGAAGAGACCGAGCCGGUCUUUUGCCUGCUGGAAUCUGCGAUGUAAUUGGAAAUUUCCACGAAAACGAGUGCGUAUCAAUCAAGGCUGUUGAUAAAGAAGGUAAAACAACUGAAGUUGGUCAUUGUCGUGUCAACUACUCCGCAAACGAAAUUCGUGCUAUCAAGGGACAUAAAAGCAGUCAAAUAGAAUCUAUAUUGGGAUACGCAGAUAGUGAAUACGUAGCACAUAGGGACAACCUAGCAUUUCCGCCAUCAAAGCCAUCAACAACAGAUUCAACAGAAUCCUUGACAUCGAUGGUAGAAAAACUGCAAUCUAUAAUAUAA